AUGGUCGCUGAGAAUACGGGCGAGUUGAGAUACUUCGGCCCAUCGUCGAGCGUGUCAGUCCUCUCACCUGAUGGCCUGAAGUGGAUUGAGUCACGCACCGCCGAUGCCUCCUUGCGCCAGCGUCUCGAGAUGCCUUUGAAAGGUGCCGGGAGCUGGGCCAGAUGGACUCACCCGCUGCUUCAAUCGUUAUGGCCCACCACGCUUUCAACUCCGCUACCACCUUGGGAAGAUGCUCUAGGGCUCGUCAGCGAAUUCUUAGAGAACUAUAACACCAUCCUGCCCAUAUUCCACCCACCAACACUCAUGGGGCUGCUGGGGCAACAAUACGCACACUCUGUUACGGCAAUAGAGGAUCCGGCAUUUUCUGUCGCGUUGAAUGCGAUACUUGCACUAGCUCAGCGUAGGAGAGCUGAACAGAGCACGCAAAACCAGGAACUCGCUGAUAGUUCUUGGGCAUAUGCAAAGAACUCGCUCGAAUCUGUCUUGACUGUGCUCAUGCGCAGCGUCAGCCUCCUCUCUGUUCAGGCACUUCUAGUACUCGCCUGCUUCUUCCGCGGCACGCCAAAUCCCCAACCCUUCUUCUUUCUAACCGCAGCAGCUCUUCGACUAUCCCACUCGGCGGGAUUGCACCGUGCGUUUGACCAUCUUCCAAUAUCCGAUGUUAACCGGGAACAAAGGCCUCGAGUUUUCUGGAUCGCCCUCAUUUUUGACUCGAGAGCCUCAAUACGAACUGGGCGGCCGUUGGCUCAUGAUAUUAAUGACAUUAGUAUUCCCAAUCCUUCAGAAUCCCCAAAAGACAAUCUAGGAAUUAUUGUCAACAAUGAUGGGACUUCGAUUCUGAAUGUCCUCCUUGUCGAGGCUAGAUUUGCCGUCAUUGAAGGCAAGAUCUACCAAACUAUAUUCGCAGCCAGCUCGUCUGAAAAGUCCAUUGAAACCCUUACCGCCGAUAUCCGUACCCUUGGAGAAGAAUUAGACGACUGGGGCCGCGCGGCUCUGCGCGGGAUGGACCACAGCACAAUCAUGAGUGAAUGGGGCCACCAGCUUCCCACUGUGAUCAGCCUUGUUCUUUCAUAUCACAGUCGCGUUAUCACUGUUCAUACUGCGGCCUGGCAACGGUAUUUCAGUUCCAUGAGGGGGACAGAUUCUGGGCCGCGGGAGCUCGAUCCCAAUUCCUCUUGCUUCCCACACACCGAGAGGUGUCUGCACUCUGCUCACGAAAUAAUCAAGUUCCUUACCUUUAUUCCUCGAGCAAACCAUGCAUUUAUCUGGGAAAUUAUCCAUUUUCCGGUACAAGCAUUGAUGCUUCUCUUCAUCUGCAUCCUACAGAAACCCAACGAUGCCAAUGUCAACACUCGCUUUGGGGCAAUCAAUGACGCAAUAACUUUUGUGUCCCAGAUAAUGACUACCCAACAAGACUCCUUCCUUCGGCCGAUUGUAGCUGUCUGCCAUGAGCUAGCCAGAAUCGCGCGCUUAGCGAUACGGAAGGCUUCGAUGAGAACGGAUAGACUCGAGCAUCCUCGGAUGACUGCUUCACAGGGCGCUGAUCAUGGGUCGACAACCAUGAAUAUGCAUACAGAACAGUGCCCGAUAUCGGGCACCUCAAAUCCAUCUGUAGUACCAGAGCAUGAUGGGCUAUCUUCAAUCGUGCAUGAUUAUCCAUAUCAUUUGCCACUUGAUCACAAUGAAUCAGGGUCGGCCAUUCCCCAGGCUGAAGGUGCGGACUUGGGGGCAUUUGGCGUCGAUCAACUCUACGAUCUCCCGCUUCCUUUCUCAUGGAAUUGGCACGACCUUUCGGCGGGUUUGCUGGAAGACUUUGAUUUUGUCUAG